AUGACACGCACCAACACUCAUAUCGAGACCGAUGUCAUCGUCAUUGGCGGCGGAUUCGGCGGCUGUAACUCGCUGUACAAGCUUCGAAAUCUUGGCUUGUCUGUGAAUUUGAUUGAAGCUGGUGGCGCUUUCGGUGGCGUAUGGUACUGGAAUCGCUAUCCAGGAGCCCGAGUUGAUACUGAGAUGCCUUCUUAUCAAUUUAACAUACCAGCUGUGUAUAAAGGCUGGAACUGGUCGGAGCGAUUUCCAGGCGACGACGAGCUCAGGCGCUACUUCAAACACGUAGAUUAUGUCCUUGGCUUGAGCAAAGAUACCUUCUUCCACACGAUUGUCACAGGUGUGCAGUACGAAUCUUCAACCGGUCGCUGGAAUAUCACAACGGAUACUGGUCUUACUGCAAACUGCAGAUAUGUCAUCGCUGCCACCGGUUCAUCCUACAAAAAGCACUAUCCUCAUUUCAACGGUCUCGAGAAAUAUUCUGGAAAACUGGUUCACUCUGCCGAUUAUCCAGAGAAACUGGACUACAAGGGUAGGCGUGUUGGAAUUGUUGGAAAUGGUGCCUCGGGUCUGCAAAUUGUGCAAAAUCUUGCCAAGGAAGAUUGUGAAUUGAAGAUCUUCAUUCGCACGCCUUGUUUUGCCAUUCCGAUGAAACAACGUUCUAUUCCUCCCGAGGAAGCCGAGAUGAUGAAAGGCUACUAUGAUGGUAUCUUUGAUCGAUGCUAUGGAUCUGCUUCGGGAUUCCCACACAACACACUUUUCCAGUCUGCACUCCAGGCUACCCCGGAGGAAAGAAAGGUGUUGUUCGACGAACUUUGGGCGCGUGGUGGUUAUAGCUUUUUAGUUUCAAACUAUUACGACUUCCUUUUGAAUGAGAAGGUCAAUUCUAUUUUCUACGACUACUGGGUGCAGCACGUCCGUGCUCGAAUGACAGACCCAGCGAAAAUGGAUCUUGUCGCACCGCUAAAGCAGCACAUGCUUGUUGGAACUAAACGACCCAGUCUGGAACAGGACUACUACGAGAUGGUCGACCGGUCAAAUGUGGCUUUGCACAAUCUGAAGACGUCGCCAAUUAUUGACUUUGAUGCCACAGGUGUGGUUACUGGAAACGGCGAGACGACUCAACACCACGACCUUGACGUGUUGAUCUUUGCAACUGGCUAUGAUGCCGUCACGGGUAGCAUUUCAGAUCUAUCUAUUGUUGACAAGAGCGGUAUACCAUUAGCUGAGAAGUGGAAAAGUGGCGUGUUGACACAUCUUGGCCUGAUGGUCCCCGAAGCUCCUAAUCUUUUCAUGGUAUAUGGCCCUCAGGCUCCCACAUCGCUUGCAAAUGGACCGCCUUUUAUCGAAAUGGAGGUUGAUUGGAUCUGCAAGGCAAUCUCGAAGAUGCAAUUAGAAGGGAUCACCGCUCUUGAGCCUACACAGAGUGCAGCUGAAGCGUGGAGAGAACACGUUUUUGCCGUGAGCAAUCACACUCUUUACCCCAAGACAGACUCAUGGUACAUGGGCGCCAAUAUCCCUGGCAAGCGCCGAGAACCCCUAGUUUACCUGGGUGGCAUGCAAAGCUGGUGGAAGAGCUGCAUGAAUGCCUUGGAGGAUUGGGAAGGAUUCUACACAUCCACUUAG